AUGGAGACCCUGUUUUCAAGGAAGGAAGUUCGCAGCUUGAAGCCGUUGGCGGGUGGCGACUUGCCACCAGUGCUUCCCCUUCAGCCAGAGAAGUCGGCCUUUGUGGCAGAGAUUGGGGCUGAGACAGAGGCAUUAAGGCUGCUGGUGGAGGAGCACACCGAGGAAGGUGUCCAGAUCUCCCGCGAGACGCUGCCCGCGCGUGGGCCGAAGGAGCAGUUGCAGGUCAAGAGCACUUGUAAGCCUUUGGUGGAGUUGGAGGACGAUCUACCCGGAUUGAAGGAGUAUCAAGAGAUCCCAGACCAGCGGAUGGACAGCAAACCCAUACGGAAUUCCUACUGCUCCUUCACGGAAUACACCAAGAAGGACGUCUUGCCAUCACCGAACCGCUUGGCCCAUGAUGCGACUCUUGGGCCAAGGUACGUGCGGGAAGUGAAUCGCUACUUGGCCUUGGUGGAGGAACAACCUCAGCUCUUUGAGAAGUACAUCCAACAACGACGAGGUCAACGACGAGGCUUCAGUUCGAGGGUCCGGGCGAUGUCCUCUGAUCGCUCCGAUCGGUCUCGUGGUCGCUGA